UCUAAAGUUUUGGUGCUAAAUAGGAAAAGGAUCUAUCUGAAGGAGACCCUGCAGUUGCUCUGCUGUCCUCUAGAGGCGGUAAAUGGAAGUGUUUCACUCAGUUUCACAGCUGGACGGCGCUGUCACUCGUUCACUCUCUCUAUUUUUUCAUGUAAUUGUCUGUUCGCUGAAACCAUCACACUUUCAUAAGCACAUGUUCAUCAUUUGCUCAUUUACAUUAUUUAUAUGUUGAGAGAACUCGAUCUCGAUCUAAACUGUGCCGGAGGAUUAGUGUCUGUUUUUGCGUCAGAUCUGCAGUAAACUUCAUCUGAACUUCUGUGUGGAGGGAACCGAUUCAUAUUGAAGUGUUUUAAUCACGACAACAACAUGAAGAUCAUUCAGCUUCAGCUCUAUGUAUUAAUCUGUUGUCGAGCUGCAGUGUCAGAUCAACUCACUGAUGUGGGAUCAAAUGUGACCAUAAACUGUGAUCUUGAUGAAAAUGAGGUUUAUUGGAUUUUACUGAAAACACCAGAUCCUCCAACAGUGAUUCUACGAUCAUUCCCAACACCAAAGUCACCUUUUUACACAAAUAAUGCAUUCAGAAAGAAAUAUUCUGUGAUAUUUAAACACCGUCUGGUUAUUAAUAAUGUAACUGCUGAUGAAUUAGGAGUUUAUUACUGUAUGAAAACAGGCACACCUCCAAAACUCAGCAACAGCACCAGACUGCACUUCACCGAAUCAACUCAACUGACCGAGUGUCUCAAUCACACAGUGGUGGAGUUUAUUGAUCAGAAUCAGACACAAUGGCAGAUUAUUAUCAUCAUAUCUGGACUGAUGAACGGGCUGCUGCUCAUUGUGCUGAUCGUUUUUGCAGUUAGAAAAACAGAACGGCUGGAAAAAAACAUUUAUAAUCCUGAUUUACUGCUGACAAAAGUUAUGUAUGAGCCUCAGGACCCAAACCUAUCAGGAUGCUGA